UUUGGGAUCGUUCUGUCAAACGUGUCGUCGCAGUUUUCAGUCGUCGCGUGUGGUGCAAUUUUCGCUGUUUUGCCGUCGUGCGUCGAAAUCCCAUGUGCUUCGUGUUUUGGCCGGUGAAGAAUCUGCUCCAAACCUGGUUCCCGUAGUGCCCGCUCGCGAUGGGGAAAGCCAAGAAGCCAAAGGUUCACAAGAACCAGCUGAAUCCGACGGGGCUGGUGGACGUGGGCGCGUUGCUCAACCAGGAGCUGGCCAACGGGAAGUCGGAAACGCCGAUCCAGGCCAUCGUGGACCAGCUGCAGUCGGCCAGCGCCGAGGACAAGAUCUGCGGGCUGCAAACGUUGGCCACGAUCUGCCAGAAUGACGUGAACAUUGCGGCCGUGAUUGAGAGUGAAAUUGUGCGGAUUGCGGCGGCGUUGCUGGUCGAUGCGGACAACAGCAUCCGGCAUGCGACGGCCGGGGCGUUCCGGAAUCUUUCGGUGCUGUCGGUGGAGAUUUGCGAGUACAUGGUCGAUCAGGACGUGCUGACGCCGCUGCUGGCUCUGCUGAAUAAGUACGCCGGGAGCGAGUGGAAGCCGACCUUUGAUCAGACCUUGCAGAACCAGAUGGACGAGAAGUCGGACACGUUCCUGCAGGCGGUCAGUUUGCUGUGGAAUCUGUGCGAGAGCACGUCGGUCGCGCUGGACAGCUUUAAUCAGUCGCAGCUGCUGGAAAGUUUCGUCAAAUGUUUGGACUGGAAUGUGUACGGGAAGGAUAUUGCGGUCGCCGUGGCCCAGUGCCUGCUGGUCAUCUCCGAGGACAACGCCGCGUCGUGGCGCAUUCUGGUCAACUUUGGCACAGAGCUGCACUCGCUGCUGCUGCUGCCCGACGAGGACCAUCCGACCGUGCUGCUGCGAACCGUUGCCGCGGGAAUCAUCGCCAACGUGCCGGCACUGGCCGCUACCUACAGUGGACAGUUGCUGCAGACGCUCGCCAAAACGCUGGAGGUCAAUCAUCGCACGGCCCUCGGUACGGUGACGAGUGCGUUGCCGCUGGUCGGCCAGAAGGACGUGGCGGCGCUGGAGGUGAUCGAGGACGCUCCGAUGGAGGACGAAUCGGCGGAGCAGUCGUUUCAGCGGAGACGCCGUGCCGAUUUGCCGUCGGACGUUGAGCUGGAGGUGCGGAAUGUGGGUUGGUUGCUUCAGGCGCAACGGAUUGCGGCGGAGAUAUUGACCAACAUUUGCUCGACCGAGGAGGAAGAGUGGCAGGACGAUAUGGACGAUGAGAAUUUGUCGGAGGCCGAAAGUGUGCACGACUUUGACGCGGCCACCGGGAUGAACGAUAGUCUGCAGAAUACCGACAAACUGCCGGUAGAGGUGCUGGAGGCGAUCAAGACGAUGUCGCUGGUGGAGAAGCUCUGGCAGAAGGCGCAACCGAUCGCGGAAAAUGUGCGGGAAAUUCUCGAGGAGAACGACAGGAACUUGGUGAAGCGGGUCAACAAUCUACGAGCGGCCGCGAUGCUUUGCCUGCACAAUCUUUGCAACAACAUUACAGUGGAGGACCUCGGCGGUGCCGAAGCAGUCUACACAGUUUGGCUCGAACUGGGCCAGCAAGUGUUCCAAGGUCAGCAAAACCCAAAACUUCUGGAAGCUUCCACCUCCCUGAUGCGGGCCACCCUCGAACAUCUACGCAAGAGUCCCGAACUGUUCAAACAAAUGACCGAGAGUGACCUGCAGCUGAUGCUGAACGGUGUCAACGAGUGCCAAGACUCGGAAAUUCGUGCCAACUGGCUCCGGAUGCUGGGCAUCCUCGGCUGUCUCCUCCCAGAGCCCCUCAUCAAGCUGAUCAUCGACUUUGUGCUCGUCACCUGCCUCAAGGAGCAGGACCUCUGGACCGUCUCGGAAGCGAUGGACUCGAUGAUGGACAUCUUCGCCGAUAACGACUGGCCCCAGCUGGUGUACGAGCUCGGCAUGCCGGCCAAAUGCAAAGAACUGGACCGCAUCAUGAAGGCCAAACUCAAGCAGAGCAAGCGCGAACUGAACGAACGCUACCCGGCCGUCUGCACCGUGCGGACCAACCUCAGCCGGUUCUGCAAGUAUCUGGAGGCGGAGAUGAAAAAGUUUCGACCCAACACCGAAGGUUGAGGCGUGCGAGCGGACGCGAGUGUGUGUGAAUUGUAACCGUAUAGAAGUCAACACUUUCUAUAAUCGCAAAACUGAAUUGAAUCACUAGUUUUUCACCCCAAUUGCCUCUUUUAGUCGUUAGAUGUAAUAGAGAUGUGCACUCAAUAAAGUCUAUGAAUUCUUUUUGGUAGAAACUCUAAA